UAGAUCGGAGAGGUGCUUAGCCUUAAACUGAAGCUCUCUAGUAACAGGACAACCCUGAACUGAAGACAGGUAUGCCAAGGUACACGGUGCAUGUCCGAGGGGAAUGGCUCACUGUUCCUUGUCAAACUGGGACAAGUACAGUGCGAUGGCUGGGAAAAGAAGCUCUGAGGCGUUACGUCAAAAACAAGCCUGACAAUGGAGGGUUUGCUUCAGUGGAAGAAGUAACAUUCUAUGUAAGAUGCUGCAAAGGACUUGGAUUGCUGGACCACGAUGAUGCCUUGGAGGAUGUCCUAGAGGACAAUGAAUUUGUGGAAGUUGUGAUACAAGGAGAUGUAAUGUCCCCAGAUUUUAUUCCAUCUCAGCCUGAAGGUGUUUAUUUAUAUAGAUACAGAUACAGAUAUAGAGAACCAGAACAGUAUCUUUAUUUAGAUGGAAAUAGUUUGACAACAGAAGAUUUGGUCAAUUUAGGAAAGGGGCUGUAUAAAAUCAAGCUUACUCCUGAAGCUGAAAUUAGAGUCAAAAGAUCCAGAGAGGUUAUUGAAACUAUUAUAAGUGAACAAAGAGUUGUCUACGGAAUCACAACAGGCUUUGGGAAGUUUGCACGAACUGUUAUUCCAAACAGUAAACUACAGGAGCUGCAAGUGAACUUAGUCCGGUCACAUUCUGCAGGGGUUGGGAAGCCUUUGAUUCCAGAGAGGUGCCGUAUGCUCUUAGCUCUGAGGAUAAAUGUCCUAGCCAAAGGAUACAGUGGACUUUCGUUAGCAACUCUUCAGCAAGUCAUUGAAGCAUUUAAUGCAUCCUGCCUGCCUUACAUUCCAGAGCAAGGGACUGUUGGGGCCAGUGGAGACUUAGCGCCUCUUUCCCAUCUUGCCCUGGGCCUCAUUGGCGAAGGAAAGAUGUGGUCUCCAAAGAGUGGAUGGGCUGAUGCAAAAUAUGUGCUGGAAGCUCAUGGACUCAAACCAAUUGCUUUAAAGCCAAAGGAGGGUCUGGCUCUUAUCAAUGGAACACAAAUGAUAACUUCUCUGGGAUGCGAAGCAGUUGAAAGGGCCAGUGCGAUUGCUAGACAAGCUGACAUUGUGGCAGCCCUCACACUGGAAGUUCUCAAGGGCACAACAAAAGCCUUUGAUACGGAUAUUCAUGCACUGCGACCACAUCAAGGGCAGAUUGAAGUAGCUUUUCGAUUCAGGUCCCUUUUAGACUCUGAUCAUCAUCCUUCUGAAAUAGCAGAAUCACAUAGAUUUUGUGAUAGAGUGCAAGAUGCGUACACAUUACGUUGUUGCCCUCAGGUUCAUGGUGUUGUGAAUGACACAAUUGCCUUUGUAAAGAACAUAAUUACCACAGAGAUCAAUAGUGCAACAGACAAUCCUAUGGUUUUUGCUGACCGGAAGGAGACACUUUCUGGAGGAAAUUUCCAUGGUGAAUAUCCAGCCAAGGCUUUAGACUACCUUGCAAUUGGUGUCCAUGAACUUGCUGCAAUUAGUGAAAGGAGAAUUGAACGACUCUGUAACCCAUCACUCAGUGAAUUACCACCAUUUUUGGUUACAGAAGGAGGUCUAAAUUCUGGCUUCAUGAUUGCACAUUGCACAGCAGCUGCCUUGGUUUCAGAGAACAAAGCUUUGUGCCACCCUUCUUCUGUGGACUCACUUUCAACCAGUGCUGCGACAGAGGACCAUGUAUCCAUGGGAGGAUGGGCUGCAAGAAAAGCGCUUAAAGUCAUUGAGCACGUGGAGCAAGUGCUGGCUAUAGAACUGCUUGCAGCAUGUCAGGGCAUUGAGUUUCUACGCCCCCUCAGGACUACAACCCCAUUGGAGAAAGUCUAUGACCUUGUGCGGUCUGUUGUCAGGCCUUGGAUAAAAGAUCGUUUUAUGGCCCCAGAUAUCGAGGCAACUCAGCGAUUGCUUGUAGAUCAGAAGGUUUGGGAAGUAGCUGAACCAUACAUUGAGAAAUACAGAAGGGAACAUAUUCCAGAAUCCAGACCCAUUUCUCCAACUGCAUUUUCUCUAUCAGCCAGUAAAAGUGCCUCUUGUCACCACCAUCACAACAGUGAUUCUGAAGACAUUGAUGAACUGUGAAAACUAUCAGAACUGAAUCUCAAUAUUUCAUAUGCUGGAUUGUUUUAUGUGUCGUAAAAUUUCUGUAGUUUAUUCUAAAGGGUGUUUGGGGUGGGGGGAGAGGAUUAUUUCCAAAACCAAAAAUCCUGAUAGAAAAGUUGCUAAAAUAAUUUUACUAUUUCACAAAUUGAAAAGAGAAUAUAUAGAUUUAAUUUAUUACAAAAUAAAUGGAGAUAGGACUGGAAUGUAAUCCUGUGCAGAAAUUACAUUUUAUGGCAAAGUUGAUAAAAUCAAUGUCAAGCCAAAAUUAAUAUGAAUAAACUGUUCCAGUAUAUUAAAAAAAAAAUAUUUAAUGUUACAAUAUUUAAAGAAAUUAAUUCUUAAAUCUUUUCAGAAAUGAAUACUAAAUCCAUACUUGAAUCCUAAAUUCAAAUUAAUCCAGCAUUAGAACUGUGCAUAAUAUGCAGAAGCAAUGAGAGAUAAUGUAGAACUUUGAUAAAAUACAAUUUGCUAGCAAUGCCAAAUUUAAAGCCUAUAAACUGCACCUUAAAAUUUUUAUAAGACUAAGUAUUUUUACAUAUCCUCUUACCUCCAAUCUGAAAAAAAUAGGUUUGUUAAACAAACAAACAAACAAAUAAAUAGCUGUUGAUGGACUUCUUUGCAUGAUAUAGCUUUCCUCCUAUCCUUAGUUAACAGAGCUAAGGCAAGCUGAUUUUGGAUUUUUCUAAUCUAAUGUGAAAGCACUGUUUUCCAUCUUUUCCUAUAUAAGCCUAAAUGUGACAUUUUGGUGAUAACUCUUACGAUGCUGUGGAAGAUUUGGAAUUUGCCCACAUUCUGCAAGCAUGUUGCUUCCUAUCCAGUUGCUGUGUUUUUCCCUCCAUGGCUGUUUUUGUUUUGUGCUACUAGACUGACAUGACUUUAAGAGAGGAGUAGCAGUAGUAACACUAAUUGAGAAGUAAUCUGAACUUAAGCACUUUCUAUAGCUCAUUGGUGCUGCUACAGGUUCUAGCUUAUCACAUUCUCUAGUGGUGUUGAAAGAGAUUAUUAUUCCAGGGAUUUCUAAACCAAAGCACAAUAUUUCUGACAUGUGGCUGAAGCUACUGUGCUAGCUGUCUGUCUAUCCUGCCUCCUCACCCAGUCUCAACAUACACAGUGGAAGGUAAGAGUUGGUUGUAUUCAUUGAUGAUUGGGAAAUCUGUUAAUCGCUGCACCUUAAGCUGACCCACAGUAAGAUGAGUAGGACAGUGUCACAUUUUGACCUCAUGAUUACGGUGUAGACUAGCUACAUAGACAAAAUAAUGUAUGCUUAGAUUGUCAUCCUAUAGACUGGAAUAAAUCAUAUCUAACUAACUGUCGGAUGUGCAGCUACCGAGUGAACUUUGAAACCAGGAGUAUGAAGUAAAGCUGGGGAUUGUGGUAGAAAUCAGAAAAUAUGAAGCCACAUCAAGACAAUGUUCUAGUCCAAACUUCUGCAGCUCUCCUUGGGUUCAAUUAACAAUUGGGUUCAAUUACCAGUUACGAUUGAUACCAUAUCUCAGAAUAUCCAAUUGCUAUGAAAUUGGAUUCCUAGGAAUUACCACAAAAAGAAA